AUGACGCUCUAUCUAACUGUAUCUAGUUUCGGGUUUGGGUUUGAAAGUUUUGAAAUCACAUCAAGACCAAAAUCAUAUCAAAACCAAUACCAAAAUUGGCAAAACCUUAUCAAAGCCUAUACUGCAAAACCAAAACUAAAUCAAAACCUAAUCCUCAAAACCGAAGAGAAACAUCCAGAACCUACUAAAGAUGAACCAUCGUCCAAAGAUUAUGAACUAGCCGAUCAACUGUUUUUGUUGUUUAACGAAUUGUUAACUUCUGCAAAAUUACUAGUCGAUCAUAUUGUAACAUUGGAUUUUAAUGAAUAUGGCGAUUGUAGUGCUGAUUACCAAGAAGAAGAAGAUGACAAUGCUGUUGCAUUGAAUGUUGAUGGCAUCACAUAUUCUUAUGAUACAAUGUGUCCCAUUGUAGAAUUUUCAAAAACACACACCUUCCCUACAUUUCGCAGACGAUACAGACAAAUAAAAUAUAAGGAACAACUGCGUCGAAUAAAGCGAUAUGUUAAUGCCCAAGAUAUGAAAACACAGAAACUCCAAUUUGUCGACAAUUUUGUUUAUACGGAAUUUAUUCGUGCUCGAGAAUGCUGUUUACCAAUGCAUGAUUCUGAUUUAAGGCGUUUGGCCAUUAGAAAAGCACAUAAUUUAUAUCUGGUCGGUUUUAUGGCAUCUUCUCACUGGAUAUUAGACUUCAAACGUCGGCAUCACAUUUCAUCAAGAAAAGUCACAAAACUGGUGACCAAAAAUCAUUUGGAAGACCGAAAUGAAAUAUUAAAAUCCGCCGAACGUUUUGUCAAAACAGUAAAAAAUACUAUUUCAGAUUAUGCUGAAGAUCAUAUAUGA